UGCAAGGUCGGCUGAUCUGUACAAUACACAGAUACGGUGAUUGAGCAAGCUUGCCUGGGCAAACGAUCGCGACCACUGAUGGAAGUUGUAAAUUGAAACUAAAUAUAAGCUGAAACAGACCACCAAGUUUCAAUCAGAAUGGCAACACCUACUGAAUUCCGCUGGAAUCGUACAGGUGCCUACGCCCUCUAUGUCCUCCUGCUGUUGUUGGUCACCUACCUAUUGAAUCAGCUUGACCGCUAUGCUCUGGCCAUCUGUACACAGCCCAUGGCCCAAGAGAUUGGCUAUGGUGAUUAUGGAUGCCUGGAACUCAAGAAUGUCUCCAAGGCAGAGAUAGGCAAGGCUGGUUGUCCGAAGAAUGCUACUGAAGUACAGUGUGACACAUACCUUGGGCCUAACAAGACGGAAGUCUGUUACUACGACAGAACCGGAGGAGGUUUUCAGUACCAGAUCCUAGCUGGACCGAUCUUCAUAGUCAUUUACACAUUCGCAGGUAUUGGACUUGGAUAUCUAGCUGACAUCACCAAUCGCAAACUCCUGCUUGCAGGGUGCUUAGCCUUCUGGAGUCUGAUGACCUUUCUUACUGGGUUCGCUUCAGAAUACUGGCAUCUCGUCAUUCUCAGAUUCGGAUUGGGUUUCGGAGAGGCAGGUUGCACACCGUUUGCUUCUAGUCUCAUCGCUGAUUAUUUUGCUGCGAAUGUUCGUGGGAUAGCCCUGGGAGGCUAUAACAUUGGCAUCUAUGCAGGCUACAGCUUGUCCUAUGCUCUGGGGGAUUUUAUAACAGCAGCUAACAUUAAUGGGCAGGGAUGGCGUUGGGUCUUCUGGAUUGCAGGUGUACCAGGUUUCCUAGUCGCUGCCCUCAUAGCCUUCACUGUGAAAGAGCCGGUAAGAACAAGGAACGCAUCGCUACAGGAGAGAUCCGAGUCCUACGAGACCAGCGGUCUGCAGAAGCUAAAGAUGGUGAUGGCUUGCUUCUGUAGUCCCUCCCUACUGAUUCUGUGUCUUGCUGGAUCUAUCAGAAAUGGAGCUGGCUAUGUGUGGGGUUAUAACACCCAGCUGUACUUCACAACAUACUACCCGGAGGUCAGCACUGGACAGUGGCUGUCCUGGAUUCCGUUGGUAGGGGGCAGCAUUGCAGUAGUAUUCGGAGGAUUUAUCUCCGAUAGAUUGGUCAAAUGGGGACCGUACGCCAGGAUAUGGGUGCUGAUUGCAAGUCUGACAUUAGCAGCUCCUUUCGCCGCUGGGACUCUGUUCUUCAAGCCACCGUGGGCUUUUGUGUUCCAGAUCCCUACCUAUAUCAUAGGGGAAAUGUGGGUCAGUGUAACCUUAGCUGUGGUGAUAGAGCUGGUCCCGUCGAACAUCAGAACAACGGCCAUCGCUUACUACUUCUUCAUCAUCAGCAACAUUGGGGGCAACAUGCCCCUUCUUGUACCCCCUAUCGAGCAAGCUCUCGGCCUCCGUGCUGCUCUUUAUAUCCUCUAUCCCGGCUGCUACUUAUUGGCAGCUGCCAUAUUUGCCAUCUGUAUAUUGGUUGUGAAGAGGGAUAUCCGUCGCAAGGAAGCGCUGGACGUUCCCGAUUCCAGUCCUCUCCUAGCUGAUGAUGUGAGACAAGAAGAUUCCAAGGUGGAUUAACACAAAAUGUUCCGAAAUCAUGUUUUUUUCACAAUCGGUCAAAUAUUACCUGUUUUGGUAAGCUUUUUCCUGCUACCCUGUAACCAUCUUAAAGCUCACUGUACUACUAUAUAGAAAACAAUUUGGUGACCAUUGGUCCCCCAUGAUCCUCUUUUUCUUAUGUUAAGUGAGAGCUGAUUUAAUAACCACCUGUCAGUGACCUUGCAGGAUGGUCUUAUCCGUCUUAUAAACUAGUACAGAUGGCCUUUAAGAUCUCUGUCGUAGCUGGGGCUGUUGCUUAUGCAGAACGCUGAUAUGGUAGAAAGAGAUUGUACGUUGGAGAAAGAGUAUAUUGGCAUCAAUCUCUGUUCAUGGAUGUACCGCAUUCCGAGCGUUCAUGUUCAGCCUACCUUAUCCAUCUGGGCAUCGUUUCACGAAACGGUCAUUAGUUCCAGUUCGUAUUACAAUUAACCAGCGUUUUAAACGAUGUUGGUGAACUUGUACUUUUGAUGGUUUCUUGAAACGACUCCCUGAUGAACAUGGUGCUUGAUGAUGUCUCUUCUUCGGUCUCUACCAUAUAGUCAUCAGCAACGGAUUCAGCAAUGGCGCCAGCUAGGACAUAGGUCUCAAGAAGCUUGCAGCAUGGCAAGUGAUAGCUUACCAAACCAAUUUUUUUGAAAUCUUUAAAAAUUAUUUUUUUUCAAGGGGGUACUGAUUGUUAAAACAGAACAAUAUCCCACUUUUUCAUCACCAAUCAGAUGAAGCUAGCCCGUUUAGUGGAUUAGAAUGGUUUAGGGAGUUAUUAACUCCUUGUAUGCCAGACAAAAUACUGUUCUAUGGAAUUUAUGUGUACUGUCUGUGAAAAAAAUGCCUCAUUGGGGCAGUAUGGGUUAAAAGACAAUGAUUGGUUGUGGUAAUGCAUUGUAUUUGGAGAGGUAGUGACUUAAUGUAAUUCUUAAGCUGUGUUAUAUGCACUACAUGUAGAUGUGCUGUUUGAUCAGCAAAAAUAUAUAAAAAGUAAGUAAAACUGAGUGAAAAAUCACAUUUACUGAAAAGCACAACUGUUAUUAGACUGCAGGCUUCGUGUAUGCUUGAGUACAGUACUACUAGCUAAAUUACCUAUCUUUUCUCUUUAUUGUGGUAUUCCACAUUUUCUUUUGAAAUUAUUUUACAGACAAUAUAUAUUUGUAGUCUUGAACCUACGUGCAUGUUUUAUUUGAUUCUGUGAGAAUCAUUAUCCAUCGCCACUAGAAAUCAGGGUUCCCUUUGAUUGAUUAUUCAGAGUCGGCUCCUUUGUGGCACCAGUGAAUAACCCUCUCGCAACAAUCAUUCCACAUUUUGUGGUUUGGCUCAAUAACUUUUGAUUCUGAGUCCUACAAAAUAUGGCAGAUGCUUGCGAAGAGAAACAGGAAUUGAAAAAAAUGAAAAUAAGCUCUAAAAUGUUUAAUUUGGCAACAUGUUGAGAGAUUCAAAAUCAAUGUUUUUCAAUCAAAUUUGGUAAGUUUUUCAAGUUCCUGACAAUAUGUUCCCCUAUCAUUAUUGCUGUCAGAGACAUUACAUUUUUGUCUUAACAAUGUAGCAAUACAAUGAAAAUAAUGAAUGUCAUGAUGAUUUGAAGAACAGUCCAUUCAGGAAUUUCAGGGUAAUGUAUUUUUGUUGCUUGGUCUGUUUUUUUCGGUCUGGAGUCGGUGUGACUAGGUUGUAACCCUGAUCAAUGCUUUGUACCGUCUUCGGAAUGGGUGUGGAGACACACAUUCCAAUGAGUACUUGUUCUUUUUUGUUUGUUACGCAAUUUUGCAGUCUGUUGACCUCAUUUUACAUUAUGACCAGUAAAUAUACCUCAUUAAAACAUAUACAGGGUAUACAGACUCCUGACGACGGAUAGUCAACCUGUUCGAAACGUUGAGCCAC